CCCCAGCGCCAAAAUUCGAAAUACGUUUAUUUUUUUUAUUUUUUUUAAAAAGGGAAAAAUACGCUGCGUGUCAAAAACACUAAAGCGAGUUUGUGUCAGCUUUUUACUUCGCAACUAACUUUGGCGACGAGUAGGAAUCCACCAAGGACACGCGGCCGUCGCCGUAAUGUGAAGCAUAUCUGCAGGACAUUUUGUACAACACUUUGACCAUGAGACGGAGCCCAAGGAGACCCCUGAUCCUCAAAAGACGAAAGUUGCCCUUUCAGCAGAACAACCCGCCCGCCAGUCCGCACGCGUCCGUGCCCCAAGGAGAUCCGGCGAGUUCGUCCGCCCCGGAGCACUUCCCGGACGGCGUGCGCGUCCUGGAUCACCCCGUCUUCCCCGGCACACAGGUGGUAGUCAUUCCCAAGACUGGCGAGCGGCACAGUGUCAUCGAGGCGCUCGCCGUCAAGGGCAAGGAGAGCGGUGUCCAGGGGCCCAACAAGCUCAUCCUCCUGGGUGAGAGCGGCAGCCUGGACUCGGGCUCGCUGUGCCAGACCGAUGAGGCCGCCGGCUUUCCGGCGAGCGCGGUGGGACAGCGGGUGUCUCAAAGCGCGGCGUUCAUUGGAAUCAAGCAAGUGCAAAAGGAAGAGGACGGCAACCGUUUUGACGACAGCCUCACCAACAUGCAGUGGUUGGAAAGGAGCGACGCCUUGCAGCCAGGACCUGGCGACGACAAAUUCAAUAAGGAGAACCAGACUGCAGUGGCCGUGUUAGAACGAAGACCGAAUAUUCUGCAUUCUGUGUGUGAAGCAGCAUGUGGCUCACCAUCCAAGACGGGCCCCGGCGCUCGCCCAAAAAACGCCGCAUCUGAAAAGCCGCCCUUCUCCUACAUGGCCAUGAUCCAGUUUGCCAUCAACAGCAGCAAGAACGGCCUCAUGACCCUGAAGGAGAUCUACAAGUGGCUCCAGCACCACUUUGACUUCUUCAGGGUUGAGAACAGGCGGGGCUGGAAGAAUUCCGUCCGCCAUAACCUCUCCUUGCACAAAAUGUUCCUCCGAAAGAUGUCGCCCAAUGGAAAAGUUUCCUUCUGGACCAUUCGGCCGGACGCCAAUCGAGGUCUCACCUUGGAUCAGGUCUACAGGCCCGGUUGUAACCCAGUGGCAGCCCCUUUUGCCCAGCCAGUACUGUCUUCACCUUACCAACAGCAGCAAAUGCCUUCUGGUCGCAAGAAAGCACCUCCAGGCUGUGAGAAGCGCCUGAAACCUCUCCUCCCCCGAACGCCCUCCUACCUGAUCCCCGUCCAGCUCCCCCUCAGCGCCACGGUGGCGCUUGCGAAGAAUGACGCUCCGCGAGCUAAGGUGUUGAAAGCGGAGGCGGAGCGGGUGCGCGGGAGCCCCAAGGCGCUCGCCCGGAAACAACAAGCUGGCAGCUCCCGACGCAAGCAGCGUCUGGUGCGCUCGCAGCACGAAGAACCGCUCCUGGUGUGCUCGCAAGACUCGGAGGUGGACUCUGGCAUCUCCGCCGCGUCUAGCUGCCGGGACGCCGAGGCCGACCACCAGGAGGGGCGUCUCCCCUCCUACGAGACCCCCGUAAAAGCGGGCCGCCGCCGCCUGGUCUCCUCCACGCCCAGCAAGCCGCCGGUCGAGAACUGCGGGCAGAGCGCGCUGGACUUCAGCCCCAUCCGCACGCCCCUGCACGACUACCCCGCCUUUAGCCUAAGCAGCACCCCCCUCCAGGACUGGGCCCUCUUCUCCGACGCCACCUCGCCCGUCUGGCAGAGCGCCUGCUCCAGAGAGCUGCUGGACGGCGGCGACACCCCGCCCGCCAACCGCUCUCUCGCCGAGGGCCUGGUGCUGGACACCACCAGCGACAGCCUGAGCAGGAUCCUGGUGGACUUCAGCCUGGAGGACAUCCACGACCUGGGCUUGGCUGACGUCAACCUGUCGGAGAUCAGCCUGUCGGAGAUCAUCCCGCAGUUCAAGUAGUCCCAGGGCUGAAUUCCCAUCGGUGUUUGUUGGCCAGUCACGCAAAUACACACACACACACGCAACAUGUGCAGCUACAUGCACACUCUCCUAACCCUUGCAUACAUAAACGCAAGCACUCACAAACGGACGUACAUGCAGAUUCGUACUUGCGCGUGCUCAAAACAUACACACGCACACCUACUCGUACACCAGCACAUGCACACUUUUGCACAUUUUCACACCGUUCGGCCGUUGAAAUCUUCCCAUUGAACCUUGUUUUUUGCUUUACAGUCGAAAAAUCUUUCCAUCGAGCGUUUCAUUUAAUUUCACAUCUGCUCGACAGCGCUUUGAAUCACUUUUGUUUUAUGUCCUUUAGACGAACUGCCUCGUUGACACUUUUGUUGUUUGUGUAUUUGAAUCUAUGUUGAUUUGCACAUUUUGUUAUUUAAGUUGAGGGUCCUUUGUUGCCUGGAAAGAUACUUCCGCCUGCCAGUUUGGGGGUUUAAAAACAUUUUGGGGGUGCAAGUUGUUUAGCAAUAAGAUAUUUGAAACAAAUAGCGCAAUAAGAAGCACUACUGUUGGUAGCAAUAGGGUUGUAUUAGUUCAACAGUGUUAGUUCAUGCAGUGACUCCAAGAAGCACAAUGGAAAUAUUCCUGCCAUCAUUGUUCUUAUUCUAUGGUGGUACAAUAAACAUAUUGUUGCCUUUCAACACAACUUGUACUCUCGUUUAUUCGAACAUGUAGAGCGUUACACGCUGAAAGACAAAAUGUAAAAAAUAGUCCGACCGUGUGUUCAUGUUUAUAACUGUGUACUCUAGAAAAAGCGAAGCUGUCUA